AUGGAUGACUUGAAGCUGUUUGCCAAAAGUGAUCAAGAUCUUGAAGGCCUGCUGACCACAGUUAAAUGUUUCAGUGAUGACAUAGGCAUGGAGUUUGGCUUAGACAAGUGUGCCAAAGCCUCAUUUGUCAAAGGAACACUGAAAGCAACAUCAUCAGUUACUCUGGAUCUAGACACUACUAUUAGAGAGUUAGACCCAGAAGAAGCCUAUAAAUACCUUGGUGUCAGCGAGGGGAAUGGCAUCAAUCAUACCUCUAUGAAAGAAAAGGUGAGGGAGGAAUACUAUAGAAGAAUCAGAUUAGUGCUUAAAACGGAGUUGAAUUCCAAAAAUCGUAUCGAGGCUUUAAAUACCCUAGCUGUCCCUGUCGUCCAAUACAGUUUUAACAUUCUGAACUGGAAAAUGGAUGAAAUAAGACGAAUGGACACUAAGACAAGACAACUACUAACCUCCAAUAGGAUGCACCAUCUAAAAGCAGACGUUGAUCGUCUCUAUCUCCCACGGAGGAGUGGUGGUAGAGGUAUGAUAAACUUAGAAACAGCCUACAAGACCUCGACAAUAGGCAUGGCAACCUACCUCUCAGUAUCUAAAGAUUGGAUGAUUAAGCUGGUCCAUCAGCAUGAACAAAGUAAGAAACUUUUCUCCAUUAAUAAAGAAGCAUCCAAAUACGAGAGAGAAUUUGAAUUAGAAGACAACGUUGCUAGGAAUGACGAGCUCCCAGCAACUAAACAAGCGAAGUCCUCAAAGUCGUCUGCAAAAAGCUAUGCUUUGAGACAAACUGCAGAAAGAUGGAACCAGAAAUCUCUGCAUGGAAAGUACCCACUCCGCUGCCAACAAGCUGAUGUAGACCAAACCGCAACCCAUCAGUGGCUAAGGAGUUCUGGACUUAAGGCAGAGACGGAAGGUUUCAUCUUAGCUGCCCAAGAUCAAUCUCUUUUCACAAGAAAUUACCAGGUAAACAUUCUAAAAAAUGGUGCUAAUGAAAAGUGUAGAUUCUGUGAUACACAUAAGGAAACUAUUGAUCACCUCAUAUCAGGGUGUCCAGUUCUGGCACCUAACGAGUGCAAGAAUAGGCAUGACAGGGUUGGGCAAUAUUUGCAUUGGACAAUCUGUAAUUCAUACAAUAUCAAAACGUGUGAACACUGGUACGAACACAAACCUGAACCAGUUGUUGAAGGUGAAAAUGCUACCCUGCUAUGGGACUUUUCCAUCCACACUGACAGAACCAUCCAGGCAAAUAGACCGGACAUAAUUAUUAAAGAUUUUAAAGAAAAGACCUGUCUCCUUAUUGAUAUGAGUGUACCUUGUGACCAAAAUAUUGCUCAUAAAGAAUUUGACAAGCUCAGCAAGUACAAAGAUCUACAGAUAGAGAUUCAAAAAAUGUGGAGUCUGAAAGCUACCACCGUCCCUGUAAUUGUUGGAGCACUUGGGAUGAUAAAAAAGCAAACUCAAAAACACCUUGACAAAAUUCCUGGUAACCCACAACUACAAGAGAUACAAAAAAUCGUACUAACUAGCACUGCACACAUUCUAAGAAAAGCACUAACUAUUUAA